CAUCUCUCCAUCUCUGCGCUCCCUCGCUAGCCAUUCUCAUCCCAUCCGUCCUGUUCCCACGAGGUCCAAGUUAUCGUUGCCGCUGCAGUGCAGCCGUUGCUGGCGUACACCAUGGUCUCUGUCUAAUGCGAGUGCCAGCUUGUAUGGAGGACCUGCGUGACUGUUGCAGUUUGUCACCGUCACCGCUCUUCCAUCCCACCCGCAACAAGCACUGGGUUCGACGCCCACGAGCUGUCGGAGCAUUACUGUAAUCCAAUAGCCUAGGAAUCAGAUGUUCCUCUUCACAAACCCUAGUUCUAUUCCUACUGUGGCUGGGCAGCCAGCGCCUAGUCUCGGCCCGGUCCCAUGGGAUUUCUCUCAUCACCGCCCAAUAGCCGCCACGCUCAUCAAAAAGAUAAAACGGACGCUGUAUCUGAACCAGGGGUAGAAGAAGAAGCGACACCAGCCAGAGCAGACUGGAGGAACAUGGGUCUGGUGCAUCUCUCGACCCUCGCCUUCUCCACAUUCUCGCCCGACCCGACCAUCCAUUCGCUUCUUCCCGAGAUGUAUUCCUACAACAGAGCAAUUGUCUAACGACAAUGUAUUCUUCCCUUUUUGUCUAAUGGAAAUGUCUUCUACAGGUUUUCCUUUUUUGUGAUCUCUAGCAGCAGAGGAGAAGUUCUGCUAUCUUAUCACACCAGAAUUGAGAACACGAAAAGAACCACUCCAGAAUCGUCAAGACCUCCUGUUACAACUCCUGUGCCAGGUCCCACUUAGAGUCGGUUUCGACCUCAGCAGCAUACCAUACUGAUACAUUCGACCUUCCUCACCUCAGCACUUUCUUGUUUGAUCUCCUGCUUCAUAAACUCUUCUCUGCAACGCCUGCGAGACACUCAAAAUCAUCCAAACACACAAUUUGCCAUCAGUACCUCUUGCUCGUAUGAUCCCGCGUGUGAUCGACAGAGGAAGUAGUUGAUCUCGGAUCACCAGCUUGCCGGCAUUCUGACGUCGUCUUGUACCUUUCUUCUCAAAAGGCUCCUUUCUCGGCUCUCUCUUGGAUUUGUUUUGCCCGUAUCGUUGAAUUGUGCUCGAAAUCUGCACAUCGAUCUUUUUCAUAGCUCCCUGGAGGACACCGACGUUCCUUUGAUAUUGUGGUUUGUUUGGAUUAGCGAAAGAACAUAAGAAAUGCACCUGUGACAGCUGUGGUACACUUUCGAUAUUAUCAGUUUUCCGGUUUGGGUUGGAGGAGUUCUACACAUUGCGCCGCAACACAUUAAACCAUGGCUACGCUGAAGUCUCAUUUCGCCCCAAGCAAGAUACUAUUCUAUGUUCUCUGGUGGGGAUUUCAUUGGGGGCUGUUCGCUCUCGGCUGGUGGAAACAAGCAUCCGAUCCUCGUUUGGCAGGCCUAAACACUCUCACCUUCUCAGUAUGGAUGUCUCGCGGUGCAGGACUGGUCUUGUCCGUGGACGUUAUGCUCAUCCUCCUCCCGAUGUGCAGGAACUUGAUGCGUUUCCUCCGACCGAAGUUCAGAUGGCUUCCUCUGGACGAGACACACUGGUUCCACCGACAAUGUGCCUAUGCAAUGCUUGUCUUCACCUGCAUACAUGUUCUAGCUCACUACGUCAACUUCUUCAACGUUGAGAGGUCUCAAAUCCGUCCAGUCACGGCGAUACAGAUCCAUUACGCCCAAGCAGGCGGCAUUACAGGCCACAUCAUGCUUCUGUGCAUGCUCCUGAUGUAUACCACUGCGCAUCAUAGGAUCCGGCAACAGUCAUUCGAGACCUUCUGGUACACCCAUCACCUAUUCAUCCCCUUCUUCCUCGCCAUGUACACCCAUGCAGUGGGUUGCUUCGUCCGUGACACGCCCGCUCCAUUCUCCCCAUUCGCGGGAAAACAAUUCUGGAACCACUGCCUGGGGUAUGAAGGCUGGCGAUGGGAGCUGGUGUCUGGCGGCAUCUACCUAGGUGAACGCCUCUGGAGGGAGAUCCGAGCAAGGAGAGAAACGAAAAUCUACAAAGUGAUCCGACACCCGUACGACGCGAUGGAGAUUCAGUUUCAGAAACCCAGCAUGAAAUACAAGGCGGGCCAGUGGCUGUUCAUCAACAUCCCAGCAGUGUCGAGUCAACAAUGGCACCCUUUCACUAUCACCUCGUGCCCAUUCGACCCAUACAUUUCGGUUCACGUGCGCCAAGUAGGCGACUGGACCAAAGCCGUGGGUGAUGCACUGGGCUGUGGACCGGCUCAAGCCAAAGAGUUCGAUAGCCUGGACAGCAAUGGGAUCUACGAGAUCGCGCUGCAACAAGGUCAAGAAAUGCCGGUCAUUCGGAUAGAUGGACCCUAUGGCGCACCGGCCGAAGACGUUUUUGACAACGAGAUCGCCGUGCUGAUCGGCACAGGCAUUGGCGUGACGCCAUGGGCGUCGGUGCUGAAACACAUCUACAACAUCCGGGCCGGACCCAAUCCUCCACGCCGGCUGAAACGGGUGGAAUUCCUCUGGGUGACCCGCAGCAUUGAAUCUUUCGAGUGGUUCCAGACUCUUCUGUCAUCGCUGGAACAACAGUCGGCCGCGGCCGCCGAGUCCGUGGGCGGGCCCGAGUUUCUGCGGAUUCACACGUACUUGACGCAACGGGUGGAUGCCAACACCGCUGCCAACAUCUACCUCAACACCGUGGGGAACGUGGUCGACCCGCUCACGGAGCUGCGGACAAAGACGCAGUAUGGUCGACCGGACUUUAAGAGAUUGUUCGGCGCCAUGCGGGAUGGUCUGAUGGACCAGACUUACCUGGACGUGGGCAAGGAAGCCAGCAUCACCGCCCAGAUGAAGGCCACUGUCGGCGUGUAUUUCUGUGGCCCCAGUGCCGCUGCCAGAGAGAUCAAGACGGCCUGUAAAGCUACCAGCAACGAGCUGGUCAGAUUCAGAUUCUGGAAGGAGCAUUUCUAGAGGAAUGUUGACCAGAUAGUAUUUGAUGUACAAGUUAAGGUGCUGUGCUGCUACUGCUACGGCUGCCAAAUGCCAAUGCCAUUGUUUGCUUUCACA